GUGUCAUAUCAACACACAUUUGUGGUUAUAUAUUUAGGCAGGGACUGUUUUCGCCUAGAGCCCACAGAUCCCAGAAUGCUGCACAGCAGCUACAAUCGGGCACCGCGUCGCAAACUCAUUCCGAAUUUGUUUAGCAACAUCCUUCAGGUGAUCGCCGAUGCCGACCAUCCGCUUACCGAACCCGAGAUCAUGGAGGCGAUCGCCGAUCGGCUGGACCGCAGCGAUGAGGAGAUGAAGCGCCAGGUCACGGUAAGCCUCCACGACGCCAUAAUCUACGGCUAUCUGCGAGUGAAGAACUAUCGUUACUCGAUAGUUCCCAGCCGCCUGGACCCGGACGAACAUCGCGACCAUAACGAGCCCAGUUCCUCAAUCACCGCCGCCCCGGAACACAAUCGGGUGCAGGAGAGGAUCUCGAGUGGAACCAGUGCUGCCAUGAAUGACAGCCAGGAUCGGGAUGAAGAACUCACACCCAAAGGCGCUCAGGCGUUGAAAAGGCUAAAUACUGAGCCGCAAGGGCAAACGAAUUAAUAAAACAAAUUACAAAUGUAAGCCUUUAAUAAAUUGAACGAAAAUCAAUAGCAACUUUA